GCCAAGAUGGCGACCGGGUAUACUGGAGAGGCCACCUUGGACACCAAAGAAACGGGGGAUCAAAUUAAAGCAAUUUUACGGCGUUGUAGAGGUCGACCAAGACUUACGGAUUCGGACCGAGCACAGAGGCGACUGGAGUCACGGAAGAAGUACGACGUGCGGCGAGUAUAUCUGGGAGAGUCCCACAAGGUUUGGAGUGAGCUGCGCCGGCAAACUAGCUUAAGCGACGCUGGUUUAGCCGAGUAUUUAAUACUAUUGAAUUCUGUGUAUGGAGAAAGAUAUCAGCAACGAUAUGGCGGGAAGACAACUACUCCAGAACUGUGUGGCAAUCAGAGGAAGGGCAAGAAGGUGCCUGUCACAAGCUUGCAGGCUCUCGUCAGCUGGUACCAGGAGCAUUCGCAGACGUGUCCUCACGAGCCCCAGCUGAAAGCCCUGGAGCCUGUGCUGGGCCUCUCCACCAGUGCACUCUGGCAGUGCGAUGCGGCGCACUCCUUCCUGCAACACCUCUCCUGCCCUGCGGGAGGCGUGAGCGAGUCGGAGGGAGAGGAAGAGGCCGAGGGAGAGUGCGUGUCAGAGAGGGAACAGCAGAUGGUGGAGAUGAUGUCGGGGGUCACCACUCGUGGCCGUCACAACACACGCAAAGAAGAGUUGAGCGACCCCACUGCGCCCAUCGCUGACGCCCCACAGACCGCUGAGGUGACACUGAGCCACGAGGACCCGCUCUCCAUCUCCACCCUCGCCCACCUCCCAGCCUCCUCCACCCUCGCCCACCUCCCAGCCUCCUCCACCCUCGCCCACCUCCCAGCCUCCUCCAGCAUGGCCCACAGCUGCCCGUCCAGGACUGACCACACGGCAGACAGCCAGUCGGUCUGGGAGAUGGAGGUGGUGAUGCAGGGCCAAGCCCCACUAGACCCGCAUGGCAAGCCAGACCACCACCACCACCACCACCACCACCACCACCAGCCCCCGUGUGUGGACCUGGGACCGGACCCGGGCCUGGGGGAGGAUGGUGCCGUGCAGCUGGGCAUGAGUGCAACAGGCUUGGGGGCAGAUGGGGUACCCUCUGGGUAUGAGUGCGUGGUGGUGACGCAGGCUCUGCCCUCUGCGGUGCAGAAUGGAGAUGGGGCAGGAGGUGUUGGGGUCGGGGCCACCCUGCUGCAGGCCAACCUGCAGGCCAACCCUGCGGGGGCAUUACCAGUACCUGUGGAGGGCCACCAGCAGGGGGAGCUGUUUGAGCCACAGACGCUGCAGACCGUGGUGAACAGCUGUGAACUGCCAGAGCAGAGGGGCUCUCUGGAGGCAUCGCAGCUAAUCAUAAUCACGGGCCCCAGUUACGAGGCCCUGACGUCGGAGGGCAUCCAGCUCAACAUGGGCUCCAGCGACGGCGAGGAGGUGACCUGCACGGUCAUCGAAGGCAUGACCUACAACCAGAUGUGUCAGGCCGACGCUGACCUGAGGGGCCCCCUCACCGAUACUACUGACGCCACCAUCACAGAUUUAGGGGAGAAGCAGAUGCUGGUGUCCACUGAGGAGGUGACCGGCCUGAGGACGCCCAGCAGCAAGGAGCUGCAGAGGAGCCUCACCAGGUCUAAGCGGCGGCGGCGUGGACCAGUCAUCGAGGCGGACGGGAUGCUGAAGAUGUUCCACUGUCCCUACGAGGGCUGCAGUCAGGUGUACGUGGCCAUCAGUAGCUUUCAGAACCAUGUCAAUCUGGUGCACAGAAAAGGCCGGACGAAAGUAUGCCCCCACCCUGGCUGUGGGAAGAAGUUCUAUCUCUCCAAUCACCUGCACCGGCAUAUGAUCAUCCAUUCAGGCGUGAGAGACUUCAUCUGUGAGACAUGUGGCAAGUCCUUUAAGAGGAAGAACCACCUGGAGGUUCACCGACGAACACACACAGGAGAGACACCACUACAAUGUGAGAUCUGUGGGUACCAGUGUCGGCAGCGUGCCUCCCUCAACUGGCACAUGAAGAAGCACACCCCGGAGGCGCACUACAACUUCACCUGCGAGCACUGUGGCAAGCGCUUCGAGAAGCUGGACAGCGUCAAGUUCCACAAGCUCAAGAGCCAUCCAGAGAAACAGGCUGUCUGAGAGAUAAACAAAUACAUAAACACAACACUAAAAGGGGCAUCUCUGCUGCCAUGAGGAUGAGCAUAGAUGCGGAUAAAUGGGGGCAUGUCAAAUAUUCCAGAAUAAUUAAAAGAUGGAACUAAAGGGAUCACCGGCUGGCCAGUGAAGUGCAGUGGUCUGGAAAAAGUGCAAUAUGAACAAAGAGACUAUGUAGAGAGCGAUACGAAACAACCUUCUACGGAAGGUCCCGUUCCAGUGUAUGAAUGGACAGUGUCCUGUGGCCUGGUCUUUGCCCCCUCAGGCCCGCGAGGCCGUGCUGGAUGUGGUCUCUAACAGGGUACAGCUCUUCAGUUUGCCAAGGAUGGGCAUCCUUACUGGGCGAAUAGACCAGAAUACUGCCCUACAAUCUUAGAACGCAGUAACUCUGAAAACGGCAAACUGAGAAAAAAGGCUUCAAAGUUUUCCAUAUGGCGCGACAACUGUGUUGUCGGUAAAUUGGUGGUGACACUUCCUGGUAAUGCUUGUUUAGGAUAGAAAUUUAAUGCACACAAAAAAACCCCCAAAAAAACAACAUUUAUGUGUCUUUUUGCCACAAAAAACAGAGUUACUGCGUUCUUGGCUGGUAUUACUGCCACAAAAUGGAGUUACUGCAGGAGUUACUGCGUUCUUAGCUUGUAUUACUGUCUACUCCCAAACCAGUCCCAUUGAAACGUGCAGCAGUAACUCGCCGAUUUACUGCGUUUUUGUUUAACCUUUUUUGGGUCAUUUUUGCACUUUCAAAAUGAGUUUUCUCCAAAACGGGACGGUGUUGGACCACCAUUUUUGGACACAAGACAAAUGAGGUAGUUUAGAACCGAUUUCCGAUAUACAUUUUUUUUCGACCAUUUUGAGUUACUGCGUUCUAGUAUUGCACGGCAGAAUAGGCCGUGACAAUAUUCUAGCGACAGAGAAUUGCUGCUGUGCAGCAAGAGCGAUGCAAGCGAUAGAACUAGCGACUAGAGUAUGUCUGCUAAUAGCAGAAUGCAAGCAUUCCAACAUUCCCAUUGACUGUGGCGCGGAAUCGCAUCAUAGCUAAUUUGUAUAAUAUUGGCUUUAAUUCAACUACAAACUGUCGCUCUUGUCGCGCGAAUCGCCUCUAAUCGCUUUUGUCUCUUCUGUCUCCCGCGACUCAAUAUAAAAUCAAUUACUUCCGUUGCGGGAAUCGUUCAUGUCGCGCUUUGUCUAUUGGUGCCAUCAGGGCAUUUUGUUUGGUCCAGACACCCUGGCUGGUACAGGAGGAAAAAAUACAUUUCCUGUUAUGCCAUAGUCAAAUACAGGGACAAAAGGGACUAGUGAGACUGUUAUGCCUGAGUUGAUAUGUUUGUUUGUUUCUUUCCCUGUUUUACAUCCACAUGGAAUAUGUUUUAUUUAUUUAUCAGAUCAAAACAUUUUUUUAUUGAUGCAACAAAAUGCUUCAGAACAUUUCAGAAACUACAGUUCUUACAUCAUGGUGCAAAUAUCUGAAUUGCCCAUAGUUAAAUGAACUUUGUGUCUAAUGGAAAUGGUUUGUUGUCAAGGAUUUCCUAUGAAGAAACGUAGACUUAACGCGUAUUUAUUGGCACAGUGUUAUAUUUUUGAUGUCUCAAUGGAAAUUCACUAAUGUCAGAACAUAUGGAUGGAUGGAAGCACUGUGGGCUGUCUGUAUUCUCAGGAAAUGUAAACAAAGUGUCUGAUUGACAACCCUUUUCCACACACCCAGUCGUAUGGCGUCUACACAAGUGAUCUUGAGUUUGACUUGAUUUGGCUCAAUUGUGGGUGCGUUCGUAAAGUCAACCUGUCACUCUGAAAAGAGAGAGGACUGCAUAUGGUAAAAAAAAAACCCGACAGACUUUGUGAACUGUUUCAAAGUCAGAACUCUUAUUGCUCUGUGUUUGGAGCACGUGGAGUGGCAGUUAAUGAACGCACUCCAUGUUGACAAAUUUAAAUGAACAGAUGCCCAUAAUUUAUAGGGUUCCCCCCCUCUGUGUCAUUGUACAUGUAUAGAAUUUGUAAGAUAUGUGGAUAUGAUGUAAAUAGAGAGAGUAUGUGUGCUCUCAGAGAUUUGUUUUUUGAUAAAUAAAUAACAAGGCACUGUA